UUCAUAAAAUACGCUUAUAUAUGCUCAAUACAAACCAAAAGAAGGCACUGAGAGAAUACAAGUUUGAACCGGAAAAAGGAAGAUGGGGUGGUUUGUCAAGGAAAGAAGAGGAGGUUCAUGGAAGCGUGGAUGGUUAGAGGAAACACUACUGACUUCAUCAGCACCUCCUCUUAAACUACUAGCUCUCUUCGCCAUCAUAUUUUUACUCCUCUUCAUCUCUUCAUACCCGCGUUACAAGUACGAGGUUGAGAAAACCGCAGCUAACCUGAAGCUCUUCAUGUUGUUCCUCCCAAUUCUCUUUGUCUUCAUCCUCGUAUCUCUAAGCUUCGUCCAUCGACUUCUCUUCAAUUCAUCUUACUCCGUUAGAGCAAACAAGGCUAAGUCCCUUUUUGGAGAAGGAAAAUUUCCCUGGGGAGUUUCGCUUAUGCUAAUACUUCUACUUCUUUUAGUUUCUAAACAAUCAUACUUUCACUCCUUAUGGUAUCCGACUUUGUAAGUUAUGAGUAUGACCGUCCAUUAAUCAUUCAUCUAUUGUCUUCAAAUGUAAUCUUUAGAUGGAUCAUUGCUUCUCGUAAUCCUUAAUACAUGUAUAAGACAUUUUGAGUAUAAUUGAUUAUUGCUUCUUUAUAAGCACUA